AUGGGAGCCGUUUCGAGUGCUGAACAAGUCUCACUGCCUUUGAAAAAGCCAGAUUCCCCUAUCAAACACCAGCACUGGGCCUUCAAUGGUCCAUAUGCACCAGUGGAUGAGGAAGUCUUCCACGCAUUGACGGUCAGAGAGGGGCAGCUUCCCAAGGAUUUGGAGGGCUGCUAUCUACGAAAUGGCCCCAAUCCUUUAUGGCAUCCUCCAUCCGAGACCAGCAACUAUCACUGGUUUCUGGGGGCAGGAAUGGUUCAUGCCCUUCGCAUCAAAGAUGGUGCAGCUAGCUAUAACAAUCACUUCCUGCGAACCAAAGCGUUUAUGGAUGAGCAAAAGAAUGGUCCAGUCUUUGACAAGAUUGCCUUCUCAACGUCCAUGAGUUCCUUCCUCCUUCGCUUCGCCUUGGAGAAGGUGGGUUUGGCCCGUGGAUCGGCCAGUGGUCCCAGCAACACCAACCUCGUGUAUCAUGCUUCAAGAUUGCUCGCGUUGUCUGAAGCCGACUGUCCCAUGGAGUUGAAGAUUCUGGUCGAUGGUCAUCUCCAAUCCCAAGCAGAGUAUGCGUACAACAACUUGUGGAAUGCACAUCCAAAGGUGGAUCCUGUCACAGGUAAGCUGUACUGGUUAGACUAUGACCUCACUGGUGUUACUGCAAAAUUUACCUACGGGGUCAUUGAUACGAAAGGACAGGAGGAGCGGAAGUGUACCGGUGUCCUUGGCGGAGGCAAGGCAGUGAUGAUUCACGAUUGUGGCAUCACCGAAAAGUAUGCCAUCGUGAUUGAUUGCCCCGUGCUGGUGGGUAUUGAGAACUAUUCCGUGGAAGGUAGCCUGUGGAAGUUUGAUGCAAGUCAUGGCGCUCGAAUUGGCAUCUUUCCCAAGGAUGGAGAGAGCGGAAAGGUGAGCCCAACAUGGUUCCAAAUCGAUACAUGCUGGAUUUUUCAUCUUGCCAAUGCAUGGGAGGAGGGCAACACUGUAGUUAUGGUUGUGGUGCGAUGGGACAGGAUUGACAUGUCAGGUCAUGGCAAGAAGGAUGACUUUUUGUCUGGUAACAAGAGAACUUUGCACGAGUAUCGCUUUGACAUGGACUCCGGUGCUGUUGUUGAGAAGUCUUUGGCCUCCGGCUUUGAAACGCUUGAGUUUCCCGUGAUCAACCAAAAGCACGUGGGACGGAAGAGUCAGUUCACAUGGGCAGCUGGCAACUUGGAAGGUGAACCACCGUUUCAUCGCAUCUUCAAGUUCGAUCUCUCCAAUCCAGAGAGCUAUGCCAGCUAUGCUUGUGUGAGUGAUGGCAAGAAGCUCACUGCAGGAGAGGCCUACUUUGUUUCGAAGGGAAGCGCUGAAGAUGACGGAUACCUGCUCACUUUUGUAAUCGAUCCAGAAGGCAAAGCACCGAGUUCCUUCUUGAUCCUAAAUGGUCAGAACUUGCAGUCAAUUUGUGUCAUUGAUUUACCAGCUCGCAUUCCUUUAGGCUUUCAUGGCCUGUGGGUCUCCGAGAAGCAGGUGAAAGAUCAGAUCAGCAACUCUGUGGCUGCCAAACUGUGA